AUGGAUGAUGUCGAUUUGCGACAGAAAAUCCUCCAACGGACCCUUCAAGAGGUAGCUGAUGAGGAGAAGGAGACCGCAAAUCCUUGUGUUAUUUGUCUCGACACUAUCACCGAGCCGUGUGUGGCACAGCCAUGCCACCAUUCCAACUUCGACUUCCUCUGCCUUGUGAGCUGGAUCGAGCAGCAACCUAAAUGCCCAUUAUGUAAAAUCGAGUUGACAGGAGUGCAAUACGACCUCAACGCCACACAAGGCCCGAAGCUAUACAAGGUUCCGCCCCCGAGCACAACAAUCCCGACAGUUCCAGCCGCUGCCCGAUCACGUCCCAGUAAUCGCUAUGCCCCAAGAGGAGGACGACGUCCUCUACCCCUACCGCGACCACAGCCAGAUGACCCACUCGAACGCCGGCGCAACGUCUAUCGCAACCAAACAUACUCUAUGCGAGUCGGAUCUAAUCGGUUGUCUCAAUAUCGAGAACUGACGCCAGAGCUCUUCAGCCGUGAUGAGGAGCUCGUCUCACGCGCGCGGAAAUGGAUCCGCCGUGAACUACGAGUCUUCUCUUUCCUGAACCCGGAACCGGUGGAAGAAGAGCGGAUAUCUCACCAGGUCUCGCGCCCUGGACCUCAACGGCUGGAAAAUCGCAGGGCGAACAAUGCCGAGUUCCUGCUGGAAUAUGUCAUCGCUAUCUUACGCACGGUCGAUCUCAAAGGCAGUGCUGGACAGGCGGAGGAGCUGCUGCGUGAUUUCAUCGGCCGUGACAACGCCCGUCUGUUCCUCCACGAAUUGCAGGCGUGGUUGAGGAGUCCGUAUAAUUCUUUGGAAGACUGGGAUCGUCAUGUUCAGUACUCGAAUACUCCACGGGAUCGACUUCUGUGA